AUGUCCACCACAAAAGACCAUCUCGACUUUCAAAUACAAGUCGCCGGGACGGCCGACGAGGUCGCCCAAGCCUUUGAGCCCAUGUGCCACGCCUUCGGGCACCAGACCCGCGACGGCGUCUUCAUCGGCACCAACCCGGGCUGGGACACGCCCGCCGGCAAGCAAAAGGGCGCCGCCCGCCUCGCCGCGCGCUUCACCAACGCCACCACCAACCGUGACGGCAAGCCCAACACCGUCUUCCUGCUUGCCACCGUCGCCGACCCCGCCGCGCCCGGUCUCCGCGCCGUCGCCGGCAUGGCCGUGUGGGAGCAGGCGUCCGUCGUGCCCGGCCACGGCGACCCGCCGACCGCCGACGAGGGCGCCGACUUAAGCAUCCAGGAACUGUACCCGGACGACCCGGCGCAGCAGCGGCACUGGGCGGCCGUCAUGCGCGCCAUGCACCGGCAACGCUGGGCGACCGUGAGGGCCAAGGCGGCGGAGGAGCAGCCGGCGCUCAUGGUGCUGGACAUUUGCGCGGUGGACCCGAGGUACCAGGGCCGCGGCAUCGGCGCGGAGCUGGUAAGAUGGGGGCUGCGCGAGGCGAGGGAGAGGGGCGACCUAGAGGCGGUCACCGAGGCGUCGGUGAUGGGGAGACGGGUGUACAUGAAACUCGGCUUUGAGCAGGACGGCCCGGAGACGGUGUUUGACGUGGACGCGUCUGUGAGCAGUGUGCCGCUGCCGUCGAUUGUCUUUCUCCGUACGAAAAAGCCGUAA